ACUUCUCCAUAGAAAAUAUCAAUCAAACCAGAAAAAAGCCAAAAAUCAAAGAGUCAAGAAUCAAGAAAGCGAUUUCAUAACAACUAACAAAUGGAUUUGGGAAGGUUUCCGAUAAUCUCAAUCCUGGAGGACAUGCUCGAUGUCCCCGAAGAACACAACGAGAAGAGCCGCAACAAUCCAUCAAGAGCUUACAUGCGAGACGCUAAGGCAAUGGCUGCUACACCAGCUGACGUCAUCGAGCACCCGAACGCGUACGCUUUCGUCGUUGACAUGCCUGGGAUCAAAGGAGACGAGAUCAAGGUUCAGGUGGAGAACGAGAACGUGCUUGUGGUGAGCGGAGAGAGGAAGAGGGAGAACAAGGACAAGGAGAGCGAAGGUGUGAAGUAUGUGAGGAUGGAGAGGAGAAUGGGUAAGUUUAUGAGGAAGUUUCAGCUGCCUGAGAAUGCUGAUUUGGAAAAGAUCUCUGCUGUUUGUAACGACGGUGUGUUGAAAGUGACUGUCCAGAAACUUCCUCCUCCUGAGCCUAAGAAACCAAAGACAAUUCAAGUUCAAGUCGCCUAAGUUUGUUUGUGAUCAUGUUCUGUGUUUUGUUUUCGGUCUUUUAAUGGAUGUAAUGGGAGUGAAGCAAUAAGUUUGUGGUUCUAAUAUGUGAUCAAGUAAGUUGUUUCUCUGUUCAUCUUUCUCUUUGUAAGAUCUUUCUAAUCAAUGAAGUUAUCUUAAGUAGC